GACAAAAAGCAGACGGCUGCGUGGCCUGCGUGGCGGCGUGGCUGCGUUUAUCUAGAGUGCCUAGAAUAUAUAUUUCUAGGCACUGUAGUUUAUCGUAGAUUCCGUAGAGCCCGGAGCCCGUAGUAGAUCCCGAGACGAGUCGUGUCCGGUAUGCUUGGCAGCUUUGGUGAUCCUGCUCAUGGCGCCUGCCGUGCCUAGCACGCUCUACAACCGACCGCAGGUAGCCCAGCGAGUCGCCUACUGCGAAACCCGCUGUGUCUUGCGAGCUUGACAGGAGGACAAGCGCGUCGGAGGAACCCGAUGAGGCAACCCCCGAAUCGGGGUUGUCACCUCCCGGGCCCGCGGCCCCGCAGACGCGCACGGAGCUAACGCCGUCGUUCCGGUCUUCAUGGACGACGUCUCGACGCGGAUGGGCCCAGAGCCAGAGUUCUGCGACCUGCCCUGCGAGCUCCAGCUGCGGGUGCUGUCGUACCUGAGCCUCGGUGAGCUUGUGCUCGUUGCGCGGGUCUCCAAGGCACUGCGUCGCCUCGCCUACGACCCAUGGCUGUGGAGGACCGUGACGGUGCGCGAGGACAUGGACGACCGAUGGCUCCAGAGCGCCCUCGACCGCUUGUCGCAGCUGGAGGCCCUGACCCUCCGCAGGUCGCCGCUCGUGCCCGCCUGGGCCGCGCAUGCGGCACGCUUCCCCAAGCUCCGGCUGCUGGACGUGGGGUGCUCGCUGGACGUGAACGGCGCCGUGCUGUCCCACUUCGUGGAUGGCUGCCCGCUACUGUCGCACGUGAACGUGGAGGGGUGCAAGGGCGUGGACGACGCGACCGUCGAAGCGCUCUGCUCUCUGACGGGGCUGGUGAGCGUCAACGUGUCGCACUGCUGCCAGGUUACCGACGACGGGCUCUUGGCGCUGGCAAGGGGCUGUCCCAGGCUCGUGUCGCUCAACGCCGACGGCAUCUCCAGGAUCACCGACAGGGCCGUUUGCGGUCUGGCCGAGCACCUGGGGCCCCAGUUGGUCUGCCUGGAGCUGGACGGGGAGUUGCUGACAGACGCUUCCUUCAAGGCCCUGCGCCGCUGCAGCCGCCUCGAGACCCUCUUUGUGAGCUACACAGAGAGCCUCACCGACGCCAGCCUCGCCUCCAUCAAGGAGCUGCGGACCCUCCGGCGGCUGAAGCUACGUGCGAGUCUCCAGCUAACGGCAAGCGGCCUGGGGUCGCUGUUCCGGGAGGGCAGCCUGGGCCGCUUGAUCUCCCUGGAGCUGGACAUGGAGCUCGACGACCAGGCACUCGCCUUGCUGGUCAAGGGCUGCCCGCUUCUCCAGGUGCUCUCCCUUUACUCGUACGGGGACAUCACGGAAGUGGGACUGGCCACUAUCGUCAACAACUGCCCGAACCUCGAGAGCCUGGUCCUGCCGGGCCCGUACGAGGUUCAAAGGUUGUGCCUGGCCGGCCUGGUCGUGAGCAUGCCCAAGCUACGCCACCUGCACCUGGACCUGAUAGAAAUGGUCGACGACCCCCUCCUGGAGUCCCUCACCAGGAGGCUGCCCCACCUGAGGGUGUACAACUCGCACGGCCAGCUUUUGGUGCCCUUGUGCGAGUCGUCGGGCGCACCUUCCCUCGGCUGAAGCGAAGGGUAAGAGUGUACAUCUUUGGCACUGGGAGAAUGAUCAGGGCACAUGCUAAAGAGAACUUUGAAUUGGCUUGUCGAAUCAACGAGAGCUUGACGCUGUUUCCGUUAGCGUUCCGUACCCACACCCACAAGCUUGGUAAGGCUGUGACCGGUUACCUGGUUUGGACAGGACAGUGGACAAACAUUGGAAAACACAGCCCUCAAGAACCUCAGAUGUUUUACCCUGCAAAAAUAGGUCUGAAGAUUGUCAAGGGAGAUAUGCUGGUACGUCUUGCAUUGCUUGGUUGUCGAUUUCUUAUUGUGAUCGGAACUUGUGAAUCUGUUGAGGCAGUAAUUUAGCUUGGGAAGAUUGGUGUGUUUUAAUGGCUGGAUCAAUGGAGACAAUUGCAUGACUAGCACACUAACAGUUUCAUGUUUAUUUCUAAAAAAUAAAGCAUGUGGAGGUUC